ACAGCCAGUCUGGAGGCCUUCAACAGCAUAUGGCGAGGCCAAUGCCGGCCGGAGUGGUAGGUUGGUAUUCCAAGGUCCGCGUCCAACCCAAGCCGCUUUACCACCACUUCACAAGCCCCUGAGUACUUCUCACCACCACUAUCACCACCACCACCAUCACCAUGUCAGCACAGCAGAACUUCCUCGCCUACGAGGCCCCCUGCGAAGAAGCCCGCCUCCAGCUCCUCUCCGCCAACUCCGCUCCCUGCCGCGGAGCAGACCUCGCCCUCGCCGAAGAGUGCAGCAUCUGCACAUGCGACUUCGCCUGCCCCUCCUCCGAAUCCGGAGACGAAGAAAACGCCGACCCCGCCGUCAAGCUCUCUUCCUGUGGCCACGCCUUCCACCAGUCCUGCGUCCUGCCCUGGACCGAGCGCAGUUCGCGCUGCCCGAACUGCAGGGCAGAAAUGUUCCCGAACCCUUCCGCCUUGGAACCGGCUCGGCACUCGAUUCGGGCUUGGAACGCCCUCCUGUUCGACCCGAGCCUCUACAUUUUCACGGACGAGGACCAGGAAGAGGACGAGGAGGAUGACGAAGAGGCUUGGGAAGAGGAAGAGGGAACCACGGAUCGCGAGCGGAAAUUUGCGAUCCCGUUCGAUUCCGGCGACUUCGUCAUCAGCGAGGAUGUGUACCGCCGGUUGGUGGAGACGGAGGCCCAGGAUGAGAUUUUGGGGCAGGAGGUGUUGGGGAGUAUUCAGGAGUUGAGGAUUGAGGAGGAAGGGGAGAGCCAGGCGCGGAGGGAGAUGAGGGAGUUUUGGUUUGGGUCGUAGUUCUCUUUUGGGUUUGGGAGCGUUUGGGGCGUGUGGGCUUGGAACAAUUUUGG